AUGGCUCUGCCGUAUCUGCGCGCUUCUCUGGAAUCUCCGCGCAAACACUCCUUCUCUGCCUUUCCGGCGAACUUCGUGGCUAACUUUCGUCUUCGGAAUGUCAGGCGGGAAUAUCACAUCGUUGUGCUGGGCGCCGGUGGUGUUGGGAAGAGCUGCUUGACCGCCCAGUUCGUACAGAAUAUAUGGAUUGAGAGCUAUGAUCCAACCAUCGAAGACUCCUAUCGAAAGGUUCUUGCGGUAGAUGGACGGCCAUGUCUUCUCGAAAUAUUGGAUACGGCUGGGACGGAACAAUUCACCGCAAUGAGAUACACGCAACGAACCUCCCUAACACCCCCUCAAAACAACCCCUCGAUGCUCGAAAAUUACUACACCAGCAGCAGCUCACAAGACACAUCCGUUUCUAGGGAACUAUAUAUGAAACAAGGCGAAGGCUUCCUCCUCGUCUUCUCCAUAACAAGCAUGUCCUCGCUUAAUGAACUGCAAGAGCUCCGGGAACAGAUCAUCCGUAUCAAGGACGACGAGAAAGUCCCCAUCGUCAUCGUCGGUAACAAGUCAGAUCUCGAGGAGGACCGUGCCGUUUCACGAUCGCGCGCCUUCGCCCUAUCCCAACAGUGGGGAAAUGCGCCAUACUACGAGACUUCUGCGCGAAGACGGGCGAACGUCGACGAAGCGUUCAUAGACCUCUGCCGACAGAUUAUACGGAAGGAUAUCCGAUCUAAUAAAGACCGCGAUCGAGAAUACGGAGGGAGCCGCAAGAAGGAGGCAAGCGGUGCAGCAGACAAGCGACGGAAUCGGUCCAGGAGGACGAAGAUGAAGACUGACUGCGUGAUUCUUUGA